AUUUUACUUAGUUACCACUCAUCAGGCCGGGUGCAUUUGAAGUUAAACGUCCGACGCAACAGUAUGUUGUCCGUCUCGAUGUACUCGUGCACUUUCGUCGCCGCACUGCUGUUCUUAUUGGUGUUAGGUGCAGAGCAGUCCGGUGCUAAUGAAAUCGCCACAAAUGGAGACAUUUACAGUUUCGUCGUCCAUUCGAAAAUCAAGUACAGAUAUGCACAGACUGUUGUCUCUAGCCGCGUGGCCAACAAGAAAAACACUUCCCACGAAGUACAGUUCUACGUAACACUUCCAGAAUCUGCAUUUGUUUCUAAGUUUUUGAUGGAGAUAAACGAAAAAGUUUACGCAGCUUACGUUAAAGAAAAGAAAGAGGCCAAAGAAGAAUAUAUUGCUGCUGUUAACUCGGGUCAGACGGCUGCUCAUGUCGAGCAAAAUGCAAGAGAUUCAAAUAAGUUUACGGUUUCUGUAAACGUGGAAGCAGAAAGCAAAGUGACGUUUAAUCUCACAUACGAACAGUUGUUAAACAGGAAGUUGGGAAUUUAUGAAAAUAUAAUAAACUUACAACCCGGACAAGUUGUUAAAAACUUGCAAGUAAUAGUAGAUAUCGAAGAAUCUUCAGACAUAACAAAAUUGGAAGUGCCAGACAUAAAAACAGCAAAUGAAAUUGAAACUAAAAUUAGUAAAAACAAAUUGGCAAAAAUUACCCAUGAGUCAGGCAACAAAGUGACGAUAACGUGGAGUCCAACUGUUAAAGAUCAGAUAAAAUUUACGGAACGAGGUGUUAAAGGCCAAUUCAUAGUUCAAUAUGACGUAGAUCAUAAAUCAGCGCCAAAUCAAGUUCUUAUCGACGAUGGAUAUUUUGUUCAUUUCUUUGCACCAACAGAUUUGAAACCACUUAAGACUCACGUAAUAUUUAUACUUGACGUUAGUGGCUCUAUGAAUGGACAGAAGAUAACACAAGUAAAAGGAGCUAUGAGUCAAAUUCUGUCAGAAAUCGAUUCCGAAGACUUUUUCACGUUGAUACUUUUUUCGAGUUUAGCUCAGAUUUGGACAAUAAACGCUACUCAAAAUACGUCAAAUUACUGGGACGAUAGAGGCAGGAACUUGAAUAAUUUUGAGACAAUGGGAGAAAACCAUUUUAUUUUCUCGGCAAACGAGCAGAAUAUACAAUAUGCAAAGAAAUUCAUUCAGGCCUUGGAACCGGAUAGCACCACAAAUAUGGAAGAUGCCUUGAACAAAGCUCUUUCGAUCGCCAAAUUGGGCAAAAUGCGUUUCAAAGAUAGUGCUAAAACACCAAAACCUAUUAUUGUGUUUCUGACCGACGGCGAAAUGAACGAAGGGAUUACUAAUCCCCAGGCAUUGAUGAAAUAUGUUUCUGAUAUUAACGUGGAUAAUUAUCCGAUCUAUAGUUUGGGAUUUGGCAAAGGGGCGGAUAUUGAAUUCCUUAAAAAACUUUCAUUAAACAACACCGGUUUCGCAAGAGUGAUUUAUGAAGCUUCAGAUGCGUCGUUACAAUUGCACAAUUUUUAUAAAGAAAUAUCUUCACCAGUCUUGUCCAACGUCACUUUCCAAUACGUUGAUACUCAGGUUGACAACGUUACUGUGACGAAAAAAUCAUUUAACCUAUUAUUUAAAGGUACAGAAUUAAUAGUAGCCGGAAAAUUGAAGGAAGGCGAAUUGCUUGAUUUUAACGGCACUUUGAAUGCCGAUUCCACUGAAGGGGAUUUCAAUGUUCCUAUCUCAUGUUUUGGUUUCCCAAUCGCUCCUCAUGACGCAUUUCCACAGACAAGAAGAAUAGGUCAUUUAGAAAAAUUAUGGGCGUAUUUGAACAUACAACAACUGAUGGAUAAAUAUGAAUUAAACAAGAACGAAAAUUCUGCGGAAAAAGCUAAAGCACUCGAACUAGCAUUAGAAUAUUCAUUUGUUACUCCGCUAACGUCCUUGGUCGUUGUCAAACCUAACGAUACAACUACAUUGGUGGCUACAGAGAAGAUCAAACCACUUAAUGAUGGAUUUAUUAUUCCACCUGGUUCGGGCUACAAUCAUCUACCACAGUUUAUACAAGGACGUGCAUCAGCACAGUCUUCUUAUUUAUUAUCACGAGGAAAUUUAUUAUCAGGACGUAAGAAUAAAUUAAGCCACUACAAAUAUAAAGGAAUCAUGAAUUUCGAAGAUGAAGAUGAUAUAUCUGCACAAUUUCUAUCGUCAUCUAUUUCAAGUAAUGUUUUUGGGGAUAGAGAUGAAACCACGACAACCUCAGCUGUUGAUUCUCCCGCUAUGAUAACAGGCGAAUCCAAUUCUACAUCGUUGCACGAUAUCAAAGAACUAGCAUGGUUGAGAGAUUCUAUUACAUUGAACUCAACUAAUAUAGUUUACCAAGUAUCGUUGAACACUAGUGGUCUAUCAUAUCAAAAUUGUACAACACCUAACCAAAUCGAUGGUAAUUGUAAACAUUUAAAAGACUGCGUUGUGGCUUCAAUCCUGAACUCAUUUGAUACAUACCUUUCACUGUUUUGUCCAAUAGAAACAUUGUAUGCUGGAAUUUGUUGUUUAGUGUAAAAUGUUUGAAUGUUCAUUUAUGUUCGACAUCAUCAUGAGUGCCACCUGAAAUUUAUACAGUCUUCAUUACUAUUUUAUUAUUAAUAUUAGUUAUAAUAUAGUAAAAAAGUACAUUUAGUCAUUUAGAUAAAUAUAAAUUUCAAUUAAAUUUUUUAAAUGUAUCAAAUCAAAAUCGCGGAACUUAGAUCUGAUUAGCGAAUACUGAAUAGUGAUUGCAUGAAAUCAAAAAUCAAAAUUUUAAUUUGAUUUCUACAUGUCGAUAUUUUGUGUUUUCUGAUUAAAAUUUAAAAUAAUUUAUUGAUAUUAUAAUUUUAUGAUUUUUAUAUUGUUGCACAUUAUGGUUGUACAUAAGGUUUUUAUGUUGUCGCACAUAAGUUGUACGUAUUAUUGUUUUUAAUUAGUUUUUGACCAUCGUUUUUCUUUUUUUUUCAAUUUAAAAUAUAAAUUUUACAUUUUUAGGAAUUUAAUGUUGAUUUAUAUCUAGGUACGAGAAACCUGUCAUCGUUCGCGUGGCCGUGUAAUUUACCCAAAAAAAACGAAAUAUUAGUUAUUUAUUAUCUACACAUACA